ACAAUGAAACUCGCAGUUGCUGUAUUGUCAUCGAUCCUGCUUGCUUGCUCGGUUACUACAGCCAAUCCAAUCGAUCCCAGUGCAACUACAGAUGUUGAAACUAGCACUUCAACCGUCAUUCCCAGUGCAACUACAAGCACCGAGUCUAGCACCUCGUCAACUCCUAAUCCAAACGGUAUAGGCUUAGAUGGUCUUGAUCCACUUCCAGGUAACGUCAAGGAAUUGCUCGAAAAAUACGCAGAGAUAGAUCAUGAUCGUAAACAGCAAAGAAAAAUAUGCGAGUUGUUAAAAUCUCGAUAUGAGGGUCAACGUAAGGUGGUAAAGCGCUUGGAAAAAAAGCUUGAAACUCUGGAAAAGAAACCUCAAAGAAAAGGUGGCGAUCCAGAGCACGAUGAAAAAAUUCAAAAGGCUGAGCUUGAUCUUGAAGCUCAAUAUUUCGAAUUUGGCAAAUUUCGAAAAGAAUUUGUUGAGUGCGAGUCCAAGCUUGGUGAUCUUGUAGAAAAAGAAUGGGAGACCGAUCAACAGAUUGUGAGUCUCGUUUUCGGAGCCACUAUGAAUGUUGCAACAGUUGCUCACCAAGCUUCGCUUAUCAAAGAAACGCCUUCCGCUAAAAAUUACCUUGAAAAGCAAUCAUUAAAAAACAAGGAUCUUGAUCAAAAAUCUGGUGGUCGACGAAAACACAAAGAUUUAGAAUCAUCGGACGAAGAAUCAUCAGAUGAAGAAUCUGGAUCUGGAUCCUCUAGACAGAAAGCUCCCUCCAAUAAACGGAAAGGGUUUUCCAAGCUUAUGGAUGGAUUGGGAUCAUUCUUUAAACGACCCAAACGUGACGAUCCACUCAAUUGA